UGGAAGACGUACGUGGGCCGACCCGAGGCGGACCAGUUUCGGAUAUUGGCGAUGUCACAGGUUGGCAACGGUUUAUACGCUUCACGCCACUACGAGGACGCGUUGUCCGUGCAAGAAGCCGAGUUGUCUUUGCGGCGGCGCCUUGGCGUAUCAGAAGAAAGCAUUCUCGCCGUCCAAGCUAAUAUCGCGAUGUCGUAUGAACGACUAGGACGCGUCGAAGAGGCCCUGUGCGUGAAGCGAGAUGUAUACUCCGGGCGUUUGAAGCUCAGUGGAAAAUCACAUGAGGACACCCUCCGAGCGGCCAACAACUACGCGGCGUCCCUUCUCGAUAUGGAGCGCUUAGAAGAAGCCAAAUCACUCUUACGCAAAACAAUUCCCGUGGUCCGCCGCGUCCUCGGUGAAGGGCAUAGACUCACGCUCAAGAUGAGGCGCAUUUACGCGGCGGCGCUCUGCGAGGACCCCGCCGCCACGCUCGACGAUCUCCGCGAGGCCGUGACGAUGCUCGUGGAGACGGCGCGGACCACGCAGCGCGUGAUGGGUGGCACGCACCCGCUAACAGCGGGAAUUGAGGAGAAUCUACGAGACGCGCGAGCCGCGCUCCGCGCCCGCGAAACGCCGCCGAGGAGUGCGUAA